CACUCCCUGAACACACAGCUUCAGCACUGACCAACCACCAUGGCUGUACAGGACAGUGGCGCUCUGCUCGUCGGACUUCUUCUCCUCUUUCACACCUGGGGAGCAUGGGCUGCUGUGGAGGUGAGCAUGGAGGACAGAGUGGAGGUUUUCAGGGGACAAACAGCUCAGAUCACCUGCAUGUUCCAAUCGGAUGAUGGCGUUGGUGGAUUGACAAUACAGUGGUCCUACGUGAUACGGGGGGUUGAGAGGCAGAGGAUCUACUAUCAGGACAGUACCACAAAUGAAAUAGACCGACACACACGCUUCACAGAUCGGAUCAGUGUGGAGGGGAACGGAGCCACUGGACAGGUGGUGUUGACCAUCAGGGACGUGCAGCUGGACGAUGAACUGGAUUUUAUCUGUCAAAUCAAAAGUCUCACAGACGGGAAAGGGGAGGGACUUACGAAGCUGAAGGUGUUUGUAAUACCCGAGCCUCCAACCAUUGAGGCUGUUGGAAAAGGGAUCUCAAUCAAUGAAGAAUUCCCAUCCAAGAUUGCGACUUGCGAAGUCAAAAAUGGCUUUCCCAGGCCGAAUAUCACCUGGUACAAAAACGGCAUUCCACAGUACAAUGUUCCUGAUGUGGUAGCUGUGUUGCCCACAGUCACUGUUGAAUCCAGCGGUCUUUAUUCAGUGAAGAGUGUGCUGAGCCUGAAGGUGACCAAGGAGGACAAAGAUGCUACAUUAUACUGCGAUGUCUCCUUUUUUGUUCCUGCAGAAACCAGGAUGUUCGAGUCCAAAAAUUUUACUAUCACUGUAUAUUACCCCUCCACUUCCGUCAAUGUGUGGGUGGAGUCACCAAAGGGCAAAAUCAAGGAGGGGGACUCGGUCGAGCUUCACUGCAGUGGCGACGGCAAUAUGCCAUCCAGCUAUACUAUCAAGAACAAAGAUGAGGAACAUUCAGACUCCACUUGGGUACUGGAAAAUGUGACUCGUCAACAAAGUGGAGCUUAUGAAUGUAGCUCUCUGGAUACGGACACCUAUGAGGAGAUGACCGGGACUGUCAAUGUGUUUGUUAACUAUCUUGAUCCUGCUGUGGUGAAACCUGAUGGCCCUGCUGAGUUGGCCAUAGGAGCAGAGAUGAUGGCUACUUGCAAUGCCCUUUCUUCUCUCACGACACAGAUAACCUGGUUCAAGGAUGGACAGGAGAUUUCAAAGGGAAACACUUUGAACCUUAAGGAUGCAACGGUGGACACCGCAGGGAUGUAUAAGUGUGUGGUGACUGCCCCUGAGAUUGAGGGAAUGGAAACCAGCGGGAUGCUUGAAGUUUAUGUCCAGAGCCCACCAGAGAUCACAAAGCCAGACAGCACGGACAUAGAGGAGACUUUUGAGAAUAUAGUCAAACUGGAGUGCAAAGCCAGAGGUUUCCCUGUUCCAACUGUCAUGUGGACCACCUCUGAUGGAAAGGUCCUCAAGACGGCUUCCCAAGAAGAAACCAAAGAUGGCGUCCUCCUCAGUGUGACCAGUUUUAAGGUGACCUCUGACGUCAUGGUCUUUUGCAAUGCCUCCAACGCGUACGGCACUGACAUGGUGACCUUCAACAUCAAAGCCACUACACACACCACCACAUCAGCCACCACCACCACCUCCCCCACCACCAUUAGUAGCACUACCACUACCAUUUCCUCUGCCACAGUCAAACCAGAAACAGCUAUCCCACCAAAGAGAAUCAAGAAAGAGGGCAGUGGUGUUAUCAUUGCAGUCAUCAUUAUCUGCAUCCUGCUGCUGGCCGUCUUGGGGAGCGUGCUCUACUACCUCUACAAAAAGGGCAAGAUCUGUGGCCGAUCUGGCAAGCAAGACCUCACCAAAGAGAAAUCCAACAAAGAUAACAUUGUGGUAGAAAUGAAGAGCGACAACACGGAGGAAGCUGUGCUCCUUGGGGUCAAUGGAGAAAAACAACCUACGAGCGACCAGAGCGGUGAGUACCUGGACGUGCAGAAGUGAGGAGGUGACUGCAGAUAGACAGCUGCUCCUGUUCUUCCCACUCAGACCCCGCCGAUGCCUUCCACUUUCCACCAGAUCUCCUUAUUUUAGAGUUAUGUCAAGGAAUAGCUCGGUUGUCUGUCAGUCAGUCGACAUCAUGAUGGACCACUGAGACUCAAAAUCGUUCCAAGCUGCAGCCUCUUGCUUUCUCUGCUAUCCCGGCACAUUUUUUGUUGGAAUGGAACUAGAGCUUUAAGAAGAAGAAGCGAUUUGACAUAACUCUAGCUAAUUAAUCUUCCACCUUUUAAAGAACUGUACCUCUCAUUACUAUGAACUUUGUGUACUGCUGAUCAUCCGUAGAACUAUAUUUAGAGCACAACGUUGACCAGGGACGUUUUUUUUUUAUAUCCGACUAAGCAUCACCUCAAGCAAUCACUGAAGAGCAGCCUGAAACCGCUUUUUAUCAAAUGUACAUAUUAUAAUCUAUGUAUAUAUUUCUUUAUUUAAAAUAACAUGAUAGAAGAAAAAAAAAAUCAACCAAAAAUUAAAAUGACCAGAUAGUGUUUUAUUCUUUCCUGGCCUCUCUUGAUGGAGAGCAAGGAGAACGUAGGUAGUUUAAGCCAUCUUGUUUUUAUGUUUUGUUUUGUUUUUAAAAAAUAUAUUUUUGUCCAUGUUUCCUGUUUUGCUGAAGUCUGUACACUGAAAUUUUUUGGGGGUACACAGAUACUUCUCCCUACAGCCAGUUCCAGCCUUGCCUUCACCCACCUUUUUGCCUCUGAGCUUUAACUUUUGGGUCAUUUAAUCACACAGCAUUCACAUUUGCCAUUUUUUUUUCUCCCUCUCACUCAACAGCUAACACUUCCAUCUUUACGCUCCCCAGUUUGUGUUUAUUAAAGAAGAUAUUUUUGCAGGACGGGUUAAUAAUCUGUUUGACAUGAAGGGUUUUUUCUUUAGUUUUCGUUUUUGAUGUUUUUUUUUGUGUGUUUGAGUUCAAGCAUUGCCAACAGUAAAAAGUUAAACCUUAGAAAUCAUGUUCAAAGCUCUACAGAAAUAUCAGCAAAGUCCACAUUUUGUACUGUUGACUACAAACAGUAGUUAUAUUAUAUUUAAUGUUCAGUGCACUGAUUUUUCAUGCUUAUUCUUCAUGCAGUGUUGCGUUUCUAAUGUGAAACUGUCUUUUGUUGUCGGUUUAAUGUAAGUGUUUAUGGAUGAACUGUUAGCCAGUUUUAUUUCUUUUCUUUAUUUUUUUUUAGAAGGAUGGGGGUAGAACAGAUUGGUCCAUGGUAGAUAUGGUUCACGGCAUGAAGUCGCCCUCCAUAUAAGGCAGACGCAUCUCUGUUGAAUGCAUUAAUUCAUGUGUUGAGUUCAUAUUUAUUUGAAAUAAUCUGUUGAGUCUCACCGAGCCCCCCUCAGACAUGACACCCAUUCCUUAUCUUCAAUACAAAUGAUUUUCAUGACAACCAGUCACAUGGCGACAUGACCAAGGGAGGAGUAUGAAUGUGACUCCACAUAUGCAAAUGACAUUUGAAGACAAUCAACAAUCCAGCUGUUCUGUGCAGCUGUCUCACUGACCCUGCCUACCUUUGUUAGUCUGUAUGUUUCUGUUUUUGACCCAGUGAUUUUGGAAUUUUGAAAUCUAUGAAAUGCCUUUUAAUGCCUUAGAGUUGUAAAAUGUAAAUUAAAAUCAUUGAAGACAUUCAAAUCAAUCCAGUGUACCAACAAAUUCAUUGUUUGCAGUUUUUGAAAAUUAUACCAAAUAAAGAUUGACU